AUGUCCAAAGAUAAGAGAAAUCGGUUUACAUCCAAUUCUUUUGAUUCUAGCAACGAUGAAAGAAAAUUUAAGAAUGUAAAUAAAAUUUAUAAAUCAAAACAUGAGGAGAAUAGUCCCGAUGGUGAUUCAUAUAAAAUAAAUAAUAACGAAAAAGAAAAAAGUAAAGAAAAAUUAAAAAAAGAUCAAAAGAAAAAAUCUAAAGAAAUUUAUAAUUCAUUUAAUUCUCCUAAUUCUACUAGUAGCGAUUCGGAUGAAAAUGGAUUACAUCUAAAUUUUUCCAACGGAUCAAGUUCGAGUAGUGAAAACGGAUUUAAGAUACUACGAACAGAAGAAAAUGAGGAUAAACUUCUAGAAGAAAGAAGAAGAAAUAGAGAAGCAUUAAAAGAAAAAUUAAAAAACAUGGUUAAUGAAAAUGAACAAAAUAACAAAGAGAGUGAAAAACCAGAGAAUGAUCAGAUAAAAAAAGAUUAUAACAAUGAAGCUUUUUUGAUAAGUGAAAAUAAAAAUGAUGAUGUUAUAAUAACAAAUAAUAUACCAUCUAAUCCAUCAUAUGUCGAGCAAAAUGAUGCGGCCUGCAUUUUUGCACCCAACAACGAUGUUAUUGAAGAUACAUGCUCAUCACUCUCAUCAGAUCAUGAAAUUGUAGAAGAAAAACAAAAUAAAGAAAAAUCAGAAGCAGUGAAAGAGUGUAGUGAUUUGUAUAGUGAUUUAAAAAAAAAAAUUGACGAAGAAAAGGCCAAAAUUAGGUCCUUUAUAAUCAAACAGAAAGAAUUACAUGAAAGAUUAAAAAUGAAUCUGGAUGACAGUUUAUAUGUGAAUAAAAGUAAGGAAAAUGGAGAUACACAUAAUAAUUUAACUAAUAAGAAAAGCCCCGUUGAAAAUGAAGAGGAUGAAAUGGAAGAAGAUUAUGAUGACGAUAAUGAUGAUUUUGAUAUGUUUUCCUGCGUACAAGCAAAUAAAAAGAGAAAAGUUGAAAAAGUACAUAUAACUGAUUAUUAUACAACAGGAAAUAAUGCAAAUUUGUCAGAUAACUGGAAUGAUUCAGAGGGAUAUUACAAGGCUAUGGUUGGUGAAGUUAUUGAUAAAAGAUACAGUGUUGUUUGUGAACUGGUGGGGAAAGGUGUUUUUUCAAAUGUAUUAAAGUGUUAUGAUAUGGUAAAUAAAAUUCAUGUAGCUGUAAAAGUUAUUAGAGAUAAUGAUAUGAUGAAGAAGGCUGCAGAAAAAGAAAUAUCUAUUUUGAAGAAGUUAAAUCAAUAUGAUAAGGACAAUAAAAGACACAUCAUUCGUUUAUUGAGUAGUAUAAAAUAUAAAAAUCAUUUAUGUUUAGUGUUUGAGUGGAUGUGGGGUAACUUAAGAAUAGCCCUAAAAAAGUAUGGAAAUGGACAUGGACUAAAUGCAACAGCCGUUCACUGUUACACAAAGCAAUUAUUUAUAGCCCUAAGACAUAUGAGAAAAUGUCGAAUAAUGCAUGCUGAUCUAAAACCGGAUAAUAUUCUUAUUAAUGAAAAAUUUAACGCCUUAAAAGUUUGCGAUUUGGGAAGUGCAAGUGAUAUAUCAGAAAAUGAAAUUACGUCAUAUUUAGUUAGUAGGUUUUAUAGAGCACCUGAAAUUAUUUUGGGUUUUCGAUAUGAUGCUCAGAUUGAUGUUUGGUCAGCUGCUGCAACUGUUUUUGAAUUAGCAACGGGGAAAAUCUUGUUUCCAGGUAAAUCAAAUAAUCAUAUGAUAAAACUGAUGAUGGAAUAUAAGGGCAAAUUUUCACAUAAAAUGAUAAAAGGUGGACAAUUUUAUUCUCAGCAUUUUAAUGAAAAUUUGGAUUUUCUUUAUGUGGAUAGAGAUCAUUAUUCCAAAAAAGAAGUUGUUAGAGUUAUAUCUGAUUUGAGACCUACCAAAAAUAUAACAUGUGAUUUAUUGGAGCAUCAAUAUUGGUUAAAGGGAAAUAGUCCUAAAAUGCAAUUUUUGAAAAAAAAAAUAAAACAACUAGGAGAUUUACUAGAGAAAUGUUUAAUUCUAGAUCCAUCUAAACGAUAUACUCCAGAUCAAGCUUUACAACAUCCAUAUUUAAGAGAAUCUAUUCAUUUUUCAAAAACUCAAAAUGAAUAA